UCUGCGUGGUCGCCUGGAUGCAGCUCGCCAUGGCCAUACCCUCCCUUAAGGAGCUUGACUCCUUCAAGUACAGCGACCUGCAGAACUUGGCCAAGAGUCUCGGCUUCCGGGCUAACCUGAGGGCAGACAAGUUGUUAAAAGCCUUGAAAGCCUACCUUAAAGAUGAAGCAAAAAAAGAAAAUGAGAGUCAAAAUGGAAGCCAAACUUCUGCAUCCUCCUGGGAUGAGAUGGAGAUGCAGAUGAGCAGCCAGGAACAAGCUAAGAGGGAGCCAGUUGGCCACAUCACCAAAACAAGGAGAAAGUGCAAGAACCCUGACUCCCAGGAUCUUUCAGAGAUAAAAAUAAAUGAUCACACUGAAUUCCAGAAUCCAGAGAAGCAGGAAAACCAGGAUCUCAGAACUGUUGGAGAAGUUCCUUCACCACUAGAUGAGAACCAAGGAGAGGAGAAUGCAGUUUCCACAGGAAAAAGAAGAAUAAAUGGUAAUGAAGACUCAAAAGUACCUGCAGAAAGAAAGAAGCCUCUCUGCGCAGAUGGGUUUUCCAAACCUGGAAAAAGUAAAAGAACUAUAAGUGCUACUCCAAACUUUAAGAAGUUUCAUGGGGCUCGUUUUAAGGAAAUGGAGCCCAUUGAUCAAUAUAUUGAAAGGAAAAAGAAACAUUUUGAAGAACACAACUCAUUUAAUGAACUGAAGAAGCAGCCGGUCACCAAAGAAGUGGUGGUGACUCCAGUUCCUCUCCGGGGAAGGCUCCCUGAGGCUCGAACUCCCUCCAGCCAGCGCCACUUGCAGGGCCAGCCCCUGGGCCCUACAGGCCAGAUCACCUUGUGUGGGAAGGGGUCCACCAAGCAUUCCAUUCUAUUGGCAACUAAGAUGAACGUCAGGUUUUCAGCUGCUACCAAAGAUAAUGAACAUAAGCGUUCACUGACCAAGACUGCAGCCAGAAAGUCUCCACAUGUGACUGUAUGUGGGAGUACUCCAAAAGGCCAGGCUAUGCUCGGGACAUGCAAGUUAAAGACCACAAAGGGGAAUUCUGCUUCUGUUGUUAUCCCAUUCAAGUUGACAACUGAGGCAGCACAGACUCCAGUCUCCAAGAAGAAACUGGUGUUUGAUCUCAAAGCCAGUCUGUCUCAUCCCCUCAACUAUGAGCCACACAAAGGCAAACUGAAACCAUGGGGUCAACCUAAGGAAAAUAGUUCUCUUAAGCAACAUGCCAACAGAGUUAGAUUCCACAAGAAAACUUACAAACAACCUCCUCUCCAGACUCAGGAGGAACAACGGAAGCAACAUGAACAAAGACGAAAGGAGAAGAAAGCAAAGAUUUUGGGAGCUCGAACAGGCCUCAUUAUGGCUGAAGAUUAA